GCAACGGUGAACCCUGGCCGGUACACAAUUGCUGCGUAUUCGAGUUAUGACAACGACAUCCAUGUUUUCCGGCCUAGACCCCGAGGGCCGUAGCAGUUCCAGGUGUUUCUUUAGGAUUCUGAGACCCCCAGGCGGAGGGUCCAGCUUCUCUUUUGGAGUCGGUGAUCAGCAGCCUCAGCAACCUGCUAGACGGCACAAGAUGGCUUCCAAUAUAUUUGGCAUUCCAGAAAGUGAACCAGUGCCUGCACCAUGUGUUGUUGAAACAGGCAUUCCAGAAAGUGCAGCUUGUGGAGACUCAGAAGAUGCUCUGGCACACAGAACGUAUACGCAGGGGGAGUACAUUGAUGCUGUAGAUAACAUGGUUGAAGCAGAUGUACCUGAAACCAUGGAUUCUGGAAAAACCUCUCUACCUGCUGCUUGCCCCGAGCCCACUCCUCCUGCAGUACCCAGCAGACGAAACCCUCCAGGAGGAAAAUCCAGUCUGAUCCUGGGCUAAACAAAUUGCACCACUGCUCCAGCGUUUUCUUAAGUUUGACUGUACAUGUUUCCUUGUUUCAAAGCACUUUGUCUUGUGUUUGUUUUUUUUGUAAGACUUGGUGUGUUCCUGACUCUACUGGAAGACACUAGUUUUCUUUCUUUAUUUUCUAUUAUAAAUGUUUUUAUUUCACUUAAUAAAGAAUGUUUAAUCAGAA